AGCCAGUCAGAGUUUGAUACGUAAAGCGUGAAGCACGCGUUGGCAUAAAAUACGAGAAGAAGUGAAGUAGAAAAAGAAAAAAAUAGAAUCGAAUUAUUGUAUCGAGUCGAAAUAAAUAAUAAUAACAAACGAAUAACGAAAUCUUUCAAAAGUUAAUUUUGUGAAUAAGAAAAGCAUUCUUUCUGAAGAGAGUGAGUGCCGUGUGUGUGUUUGUUAAUGAGUGCGUGCGUGUGUGCAUAAUAACGCUACGAAAAAAAAGCGCUAAACAAAAAGUACGUAAAUGUCAGUAAGAAAAUUAAAGCCAACAAAAGUAAACAAGUAAGCCAGCAAAAAGCUAAACAAGGCAGUUUGUUGAGAGGGCAGUGAGGUGCAGUGCAAUGUGUUUUAGUGUUGAUUGAGUGAUUCUUUUUGAGAUUGUUAUGAUGAUUGAAUAAAUAAAUGCGUUUGCAAAUAACAAAUUGAAAAUAAACCAAACGCGCUGGCUGGCUGGUUCCUAAGGCUAUUUUGUUUACAACAAAACAUAAAAUCCUUAAAAAUCAAGUGAAAAAAAAUCAAAAAUUGUGUAUAAAGGCCUACAUAUAACCACAAAAGGCUAAGAGACAAAAAGUCCACAAUACAAAAGAAAAGUCAACCUUAUACAUCAGACAUCCAUUGGAUAUUUGGCUACAACUCGUACAAACAAGGAAGCGUUUAUAAGGCUGGCUACAAUUUUCCUUGUAUGCUGAGACAAGGAAAAACCUAACUAUCCAAACAAUCAAGUCAAUCCAGACAUUCAGACAUCCAGCCGUUACAGCCAAUCAGCGAAUUUAAGCAACUCCGCUCUCGACCCAACAAAAUUAUGGAUGGAUGUUACAUUACCACACACUAAAGACAAGACCGUUAAGACAGCCACCGCAAUCACAUUUUUUGUUGCUGCAAAUUUUCAUUUGAUUUCUAAAAUAUUGCGAAUUUUUCAAAUUGCGAAUUUUCCUUCAUUAUAAAGGGUUCCCUGACUCCAUCUGUUGGAGAAUAGCUCAACAAUCAAACAUUGCCUAUAAAGAACAAAGUUUAGUUCAAAACCCUAUGUAUCAAACUCAACAUGGCUGAUUAUGUUACUGUGGUGGAAGUGGAUGAUCCCUCUUCCAAAGACAAUAACCAUUUGCAUAGAAAUUCAACACGGCAUAGCACAACAGCAUUAACGACCGAUGAUCCAUCUUUCAUAACGGUAUUAUCGAUCAAUAACAACAACAUUAACAACCAGCAAUUGCUGGGAACGAGUGUCGCAGACAACAACCAAUCGCAAGCCGCGGAAACGGAAGCAGUGGUGGUUUAUCGUUUGGUUGGCGAACGCUUGGGUUUUGGCCUGAAAUUUCAAGGUGGCACUCGCAGUGCGGAAAAAGUACAAAAACUCUUCAUACAAUCAUGUGCCACAGAUAGUCCAGCAUCCAAGGUUAUAACCUCCUGGGGCCAAUUGAGAGAGGGCGAUGAAAUCUUGCAAAUCGAUGAGUUUCUUGUUAAGGAUAUGACACGCAUUGAAUGUGUGAAAUGCCUCAAGGAUAAUGUGGCCAUAAAAUUAGUGGUGCGCAAUGGUCGUGGCCUGAAGCCCGAAGAUCUAGAGGAAGAUGCCGAAAACUCUGCCACAAAUGGUUUGCAUAUGUCGGGCGGCAGCAGCAAUGGACAAGUGAAAGCUGCUCCCCCACCACCACCUCCAGUGCCUCCUAGAAAAUUGGUGAAAAGGCAAAGAUCCUUUAAGGACAAUGACUUGAAGGAUAUGGCCUUGAAUAAAGCAGAUCCUUUGGAUAUGGCCAAUAGUGAGCGUUCAUUUACCCCGCCCCCAGAUGCGGAGUACUACAUAAACCUUUUUGCCGAAAACAACAGCUCCAAUGUGGUGCUGAGAAAUCCUUCACGCAAUGGUGAAUCAGAAUCCGAUGAUACCGCCAGCACCAUUUCCACUGUCAUCGAUCGUUAUUCCAUGACUUCCAAUUAUUCCUCAGAAUCAGAUCUGUCGGGUUUUGCUUCCCUCAACAAUGGGCCACCGGUGGUUAUGAACAAACCGGAAUUGGCCAAAGUUUUGAAACCUUUUGCUUUGCUAGAGCAAGAAUUUCAAGUCAAUGCUGCAUUGGAGAGUUCGUUUAAGAGUGUUUUGGAUACUGAGGUAUUGGAAAUGGAACUGAAACCAGGCAAUAAUUAUGAAAAUAUAGAGUUCAAGACAGAAAAAAUCAAUGUCUAUGAAAAUGUGCAAUUGAAGGGUAAAGAAAAUAACUACCAAGAGAAGGAAGAUAAGAAGGAGGAGAAUGAAACCAUGGCAAACGGGUCCUCAAACAACGAAGAAAAAGAGGAAAAUGCCAAGCAAACUACUCCUACACCCAAACCAAGGCAAGUGACCCUGUCGCCUGUGGAGCCCAAGAAAAGAUCUAUCAUUCCCAUGCCCCGCAAACUCAGUAUCAAUGGCAAGCAGGCCAUAGAAGUGCCUCCACCAAAAAUUCCCGAUAGUGCCUUUAACAAACACAAUCAAGCGACUACCGCCUCCAAUACUCCCCAAAAUACUCCUACCAACGAAAAUACUCAACCCAAGGAAUUUACCACAAAAAUUCCCAAAGCCAUACAAUCGCCCAGUAGCCAAUAUCGUUCAUUGGAAAGGGCCAAAACUGAAAGUGAAAUCAAACUCAAGCAAGAGUCAAAAAUCGACAAAUUGAAGUUGCAAACCUCCGAAUUUUUGGCCAAUGAAUCUUCAACGUCUUUGCAAAAGGAUGCCAAGCAGAACAAAACCCCCUCACCGCCUAGCAAAUCAAGAAUACCCAUAGUUUUAACCCCCAAAAGAUCUUUUGAUUUGGAAUCCGCAUUGGAGAAGAAAAUUCUGCACAAGUCUCCCACCAGCAUACCACGUUUGCUGACUAAACAGAAGUCGGAGACUGACCUCAAGCUGGCUUAUUGCAACACCCGUUUCAAGGAAUCAAGCCCUGUGGGUAGCUCCAAGAUACCACUGCAAAGGACCAUUUCUGCAGAGUCGAAAGUCAAAAUGCCCGAACAAAAAACUCUGAUACCCAUUCUACAUCAAAGCCUUAGCGCAAACACCAAUUCAUCCACAGAAAGUUUAAAUUCCUCCAAUUCAUCGCCUUCAACUAAAGGCAAUAGAGGUCCUAAACCCAAGCCACCGGAGAGGGUGCAAUCCUUAAAUAAAACCCAAAUACCCAAGCUAUCUGGCAACAACAAUGUUACCACUGUUACCGUGGUGGAUAGAAACUCAGUUUCACCUCAAAAUUCUGCUGGUCCUUCGAUGCAAACCUUCAAGAAGCAAGCAUCACCUCCCAAACUCAACGACAAACCAUUGACCCCACCUUCACCAAAUCGGGAGAUACGUUUCAAAAUUCAAACCUAUGCCAGCAAUUCCAGCAAUAACUCCUUCCAAGAACCAGAGGAAAUGCCUAGCCUUUUUGAUUUGCAACGACGCAAUAGCCCCGAUACGUCUAGAAAGAAUGUAGAGGACUUAUCCACCUUUAAGAGUGUGGCCAAGGCAAAGCAGGAAUUGGAAGAUGAAUUGGAUCGUAUAACACCACCCCCCAUGGUGGUGGGUAAGUGUGUGAAAGUGGAUGAAACAGCACCCACAUACUAUUCCAGCUCCAGCAGUGAUGAGGAGAAUGAAGCCGAUGGUGGUGGUGCUUUUGGCGAUGAUGAAAAGGAAUAUAUAUGCGAGGAUGGUGAGAAGUUAGGACCACCCGAAUUGAUCAAUGGUCCCGGACCUUCGGAGGCCUAUUUUAAUUUGUAUUGGCAUUCAAAUAUGCUGCCCACCAUAGGAGAAGUUGAAGAAGAAUGUUCCUCGAUGGAAAUGCAGUCUUUGACAACAAAUGGACCAAUUGUCAUAGUUGAUGACUUGAGUCAGCAGAAAUCAUCUUCCAGCUUAGCUGAGGUAGUGAAAACGGAACAAAAAGCAACGGAAGACGAAACGAAAACACCGGCUAAUAAUACCUCCUUGGUGAAAUUAAAGAAGCCCGCUUUUAUAGGAGUGCCUGUAUUGCCACCCACUGUGCCCACUGAGCAGUUGGAGAAUCUAAAAAAAAAUUUGAAGGAAGCCAAGGCGAUUGACAAAAAAAUGAGCGAAUCGAAGGAGGAUGUAAAGAUUAUGACCAUUAGUGGGGAAGGGGAGACGAAUGAAAAGAGCGAAAAUAGUGAGGAGAAACUAAAAGCAGGUGAUAAGAUAAAGCCUGAUGAAGUAACCAAGGCCAUUGAAGAAAUUGAUGGCUUGAAGUUACAGAAAUCUGAAGCUGACACUGGAACUCCUCUACUGCAGUCCAAGGAAGCUAAGCCCACAGCUGAAAUUCACUCAGCUUUUGAAAGCACAAAGGAAGAGCAAAAACAAGAACACAGCGAAGUUGUGAAGACUUCUUCCACCGCCAUAAGCCAGGACAGUUCCCAUGCCUGCCAUUCCUCCCAGGAAAUGACAACGGAAACUCAACAUAGCACCAUGAAAACCGAAACCAAAACUACCACGACUAUGAAAAAGGUUAUCAAAUCAUCAUCGACCACCACGUCACAAGUGGUGGAAACAAAUGUCAGCGAUUUAAGUUUGGAGGCUAUGCCUGAAGAACUUACACAGCUUAUAAACUCCUCCUCCAAGGCCACGGAGUCAUCCAUACCCGAGGAGUUUAAGAAAAUGUUGACUGCCUCAAAAUCUCCUUUGGAGAACAAAACGAUUUCGUUUACCUUGCAACCCUAUGCGGAACGAAAAGGCAACACCAAGAUAACUGUGCUCGAAGAACGCCAAUUUGAAUCGGAUCAAAAGGCCUAUUCCGAGAUAAGGACCAAGGACUCAAAAACCGGCGAGGAAAAGGUACAAAAAUCCUCCGAAACUCAUAAGGAGAGGGCCAAACUUAAGAAAGUCCAAUCCCAUGAUAGUCUCGAUGAUCAGGAGGCCUCAGCGAAACCGUUAACGGUUACCGCCCAAGCGGAAACACGAUUAUCGGAAGAGGCCCAUAAUCCACAAGAUAAGCAAAGUAUUGUCCGAGGUAUUUUGAAUUUAUCGGAGUGUGGUAAACAAAUGCAGCCGAACAACAUGGGUGGGGUGGAUAUGGUGGAAUGUGAACAUCAGGUGUUGGAGACUUUUGAAGACUCCGAGCAUACACUCUCCGCCGAUAAAAAGGAGAACAAGCUAAACACUGAGGAGCAACCCAGCUUGAUAAGAGAGAUUUGUGAGACUUUGACUGUUUCCAAAGAUGGUGAUACCCAAGUGACCAAACAUAGUGAGAUCACCAAGGAGGUGCCCAAUGAGGAGAUCUUCAGGGCGGCCAAAGAAGAGCAGCUCUUUAAAUCUGAAAGCCAAGAGAAGCUAAGCGACAUAGACCAUCAAAAGCAAAAGGCCAAAAGUUUGUUGGAAGAUCAAACCCAGCAGCUGAUUGAAGAUGUGCUCAAGGAUGCUGAGAAACAGGUUCUAAAGCAGACCGAAAAACAAAGACCAGUUUCAAAGAAGGGUCCCAAAUUGGUUAAGAAAACCGAGGAGGAAAAGAAAUUGGAAAUGGAGGCUCAAAAACUUAUCGAUAGCUAUCAGAAGGUGCGCAAAGAAGCUGAGAAGCUAUUCCAAUAUGAUAGCUUCAAAGAUGAGGACGAUGGUUUUGAUUUGAGUGGUUUGGAAGAAAAGGAUGAAAAGCCAAUAAAGACAGAAUCAAUUCAACCCGAACAGAUAAUAGAGAUUAAAGAAAACAUAGAAAUUGAAAGUAAACCUGAAGAUGCCGAAAAAUCAGAUAGUGACAUUUUGUCAUCCCCUGUAGUCAUAUCUCCCAGUUCCUCGGAAGAUUUCCUUAAAGAAGAACCCAGUUACGUGUUGCACAAAAAUAUACUUGAAGAAAACAAAGUAGAGGAAAAUCUGGAUCGCAAGGAAACACAAGAAGAAUCCCAAAUUGCAGAAAUUGUAAACCACAUAGAUAAAGAGGUAACUUCCCCUAAGGAAACUGUCCCCCUUAGUCCUGGCGGAACCAAGGAAAUCAUAGAAAUUGAGGAAAUAACCACUGAGGAAAUAGUUCUGAAAUCUGUCAAGAUUUCUCCCAAAGCCCAUACGAAACUCUCUCCCAAAACUUCUCCUAAACUUUCACCCAAAUUAAAGAAAAGCGAAAAGAAAUCCAAACAUGAGACGGAUACCACACAAGAGGAAUCCACUUCAUCUAAACUCAAACCCAAACCAGCUCCCAAGCCCAAACCUCCAGUUCCACAACGCAGAGGUAGUGCUGAUAUCGUUAAACCCAUACCCAAGAGAAGAGGUUCUCUGGAGACAUCUACCACUGUUAUAUCACCUAAAGAGUUAAAAGAGGAAAUCAAAACCACAACUCCGAUUAUUGAAAUGCCCACACCCAUGGAGCGUAUAAUAGUGGGUGUAGAACAUCACAUUGUUAUACCCACGGCAGUGUUGAAAAGUGAUCCCACACCUACAACGUCACCAGUUGCAACCGUACCUUCCCAAAUGGUCAUAACAUUGGCCAGUGAAAAUUUACCUUCGGUGGUUGAAAACCAAUCGCCCAUACAAUCAAAUUUCCCCUUGCUAACACAAACUGCUUCGGGAGAUCUAUUGGAGACCAUACAUUUGCCAAAUGUCUCUUCAGCCUCGGAUGUGACACAAGCGGCUAGGGAUAUUUUAACCUCUUCUUCGAUGGAUUCUAUACAAAGUGUAACGGAAACAAUUGAAGACCAUGAAGUGACCACCAUGCCCACAACUGAUGAGGAGGAAUCUUUGAAAUCAUUGGAGCAGGAUACCCUGGAGAUGAAAGUUGCCGAGGAGCGAGAUAAGAAUAAAAUUGAAGGUAAUACAAAUGUCUUUAAAUUCAAUUUACAAAUCGGGGCAAAUGGUAAGUAGUUGAAAUGAAUUAAGAUAUGU